AUGACAAUCACGGGUUUUGAGCCUGUAGGAGGGCAAGCUCGAACGGAUAAAAACGUUUCACUGACGGUAUUGAGUGAGUCACCAUGGUUUCAAGUGCCGUACCCAGGUCAAUUUGGAAUGCCGCGAUGGAGCAUAGGAUUGUGUAUUGCAUAUAUUGCAUCUUGUCUAUCCAGUGUGAUUGAGAAUAUCGGCUCCUAUGAGCUGCUGGCAAGAGUAUCGGAGCAGAGUCCCCCUCCUAAGGAUGCUGUUAACCGAGCCAUUAUGGUAGAAGGCGAGUCAUUAAAUUCCACUAUAUUCCAAGCAUUUGAGGCUGCAAAGUAA